CUUCCACAAGAUAAAUGUUUCGUCAAAAUUUGUAUUCUGCGUUUUAGGACUCUGAACUUCUUGCUUACCAGUUGCCGCCAUCACCGAUCUGUAGCACCAGGCUGAGCGACGCAAUCCUGCAGCUGUGGUAACCAACUGCGUUCUAUGGGGCCUCAACAUUUUCGAUUUCACUUCAACCCAUGUACCUGAGUUCAAUUCUGGGCCAUACAUUCCCAUUUUCAGCUGCUGCAACGGGUCAAGCAUACACUUGAACGUCACCUUUGAUGAGUGGGAGAGUCUCAGCUUCGGGCAUACACCUCCGCGAGUACUUAUCCCACUCUCACCAUUCUGCGGCUGGUGGCACGUGGACGAGAACCUGAAUAAUUUCGACAGAAGAGUCUUGGCACAAGGCUACUUUGAUUGCCCGCCCAACGACAUUUUAUAUUUGGGGUAUCUGCCUCAAACGGACUUUAGUAGCCCAACGAUGGACGUGGCUGCACGGAAAAAGAGUCUUUUACUCUCUCUACCAAUGGAGCUGAGGCUUGAAAUUUGGAGGUGGACUCUAAGCGAUCCUUCAGUGCCCGACUUGGUCGCGAACAUUGGGAGGGACAAGAAAUAUGUGCGUCGAGAUUCCGCUACAGGCACGGUCAUACCACGAGUGAAAGCCUGGCUGGAGCCAGGCCGCAACCAGUCUAUCGGUCUGGGUUUAUUGCGUACGAACAAGUCCAUCUACGAAGAAGCACUUCCCUUGCUGUAUAACGCCGUCAGAUUUGCCCCAACCGAUCACCAGGGCAUCUUCCCGUUAUUUCUGGACUCGCUGUCUCCGUAUGCGCGAUCAUUGAUCCAUCACAUAAAACUGCAUGUACCACGACAAAUCUACGACCUAGACCUCUUCGGCGCCCAUCCAGACUCACUUUUCCACUGGGCGAUCACUUGCGCGCAGAUCGCGAAACUUGAGGGGCAGCUUAGAGACGUAGAAGUCGAAGGGCUCUGGUUUGAGUCACGAUUCGUCAACGAGAAGACUAAAUAUUCGAUCCUCUUCCCGCUAUGCAAGAUCAAGACAAAGAAAGUAUUUGGGCCGAACAAUGACGACGGGAUGGAACGACUGCUCCUACACGCGAGUAGGGAACUCGCACGCAAAGCUGAUUUGCGCAGAAAUCAAGCUCUUUUGACAGAGCUAAAGGACGCUGUGGCCAAGGAUCGUGGAGAAACAGACCCGGAAGAGGAAGACCAGGAAAAGGGAGCGCUGGAAAACUCCGUGGGGCAGCUAGAGCAUCGAAACUCAGACAUGCUACGUCAGCCAUACUCUUCCCCAAUCACAUCUGACGACAUAAUUCUGCGUAAUCUCAGCACAGUCGCCGGCAUUGACGCGUUUGAGAAAGAGCUAAAGGAGCACACAAGUCCAGUCGGGGAAAAUAGCUCUACUGAUGAUGCUGCAACACUGACGGACGACUGGGAUUUGAUCAGCUAUCGGAGUGGGGCCUCCACACCAACGGAUCGUCCGCCUACGUACAUGUCGAGGUGCAGCGCAGAUUCGUGGACGGACGUGGCUUCGACAAUUGCAGAGGUUCACAAUCUGGAUACGGAUGAAGACGUAGCGAAGUAGGGCUUGUGUAGGGGUACCUGGGUCGUUGAUCGAUCGGUGGUCUAAAUCUGUUCAAUCUUAGCAUUGAAGAACCAUGUGCAGUGCAUUUGCCGCUCGCGCCUGGCUUAAAGCUUUCGAAGCAAGAGCUUUGAAAAUUCUGGUCGCAGGCUUAAUUUUCUCUUUGACAUGGUUGUCAGUAUCUUAUACUAGGUCUACUCUAGGUCUACUACCAUAGGCAUAC